GGAGCGGGAGAGGGCCGGGCCUCGGCGGCACUGCCGCCGCUGCGGGUCAGCCAGCCUUCCGCAGUGGGGGCGGGCAGGCCGGGGGAAGGGCCGGGCCCCGCCGCUGCGCUGGGCGAUGGAGUGAGGGAGCGCGGCGCGGCAGCGGGAAGAUGGCCGGUGGCGGCGGCGGCGGCUGCAGAGACAGCUCCUUUCUGGAAGCUUUGGAUAGAUCACAGUCCAAGAGAGAUGGAGGUUUUAAAAGUAAUUGGAGCUUUGAUCAUGCAGAAGAAAGUGAAGGAGAUGCAGAGAAAGACGAGGCAAAUCUGCUCAGUUUAGAUGAGAGCGAUGAGCCUUUCAGUCCCAAUGAAGAAAGAAAGUCAUUUCGUUGUCGGCCUGGAACUAUUGGCACUAGCAGUGAUUCCAUAAAAGCAUUUGCAAGGCGUGGCAAAGCUGGAAGCUUCAGACUUUUUAAGGGGAAUGCAAUCGGCCUCAACAUGAUGGGAAAUAGCAAGAAACUUAGUGAAAAUGCUCAGAAUAUGUCUGGUCCUGUAACUGUGGUACAUGGCAGACGUUUUCACCAUGCGCAUGCACAGACAACAGUAGUAAAAACAGCAGCCCAAAGCAAUCUGGACCGAAAGGAAAGAAAAGAAUACCCACCUCAGCUUCAGAAAGUAGAGGCAGACCACAUUAGAUUACCACGGUCACAAGGAGUGGACAGUGGAAUGGAAAAUACAGAAGACUCAGAAUCAGAAUGUGAAAUAAAGAGAAAAGUACGACAGAAAAGUCACUGCAAUUCAUAUCAAUCUGACUUGAGUCAAUCUUCUGCUACAAAAAAAUGCUUAACUCAGUCAAAGAUUGAUUAUUCUACUGAUUGCCCAAAUUGUGGGAGGGCAAAUGAAAAUCAGACCAAAUGCCGACAUUGUGAAAGUGCUUCUCUAAAGGAUUUGCAAAAAGUCUCCAGACAAACUGUGACAUUAAGUGAAUCUGUGGGACCUUUAUCACGUUCUUCAAUACAUCAGAAUUCAGCAGGGCAAAAAUCUUCAGGUACAGGGUUCAGCACAAAGAAGUUUUAUAGUUCUGCUGUUGGAAAAGGUCCAGCAGAUAUUCUACUGAGUAAUGAAGUUGUAGGACAUUCUAUGUUAAGGCACAAUGGAAAAGUUGGUCUUAUAACUGGGACAAAAAAUCCUAAAAUUACAGGAAGCUUAAGACAGAGAAGUACAAGACCAUCUGAAUUAAAUGAUCCAAUUGUUUUGUCUAGUGAUGAUGAUGAGGAGGAGAAUAGUGGCAGCACUAGGAGAAUGGAAAGCAUUUCACCUCGUCCUGCAGAUUCAGCCCGCUCCUCCCCAGCUCCUUCUACAGGAAAGGUGGAAGCAGCAUUAAAGGAGAACAGUUGUGGAAUAGAACAGAGGAUAGGUAGUAUAACAACAGAUACAGAAAUUGCAGUCACACUACCAAGAAAAGCAAGAAUGAAAGAUCAGUUUGGGAACAUUCUGUCUGACACUCCAGUAAAACGUCGUAAAGUUAUUUCUCAAGAGAUGGUAACCGAGGCUGUACCUCUAAAUUAUCAAAAUUCCUGUGAAAGUGUCAUUCUGAACUGUCGAAGUAUACGAAUAGGAACGCUACGAAGAAUGGUAGUGGAACCUGUGAUUUUUUGCCUGGAUUAUAUCAAAAUACGGCUAGAGAGUCAAGAAGAAUCAGAAAAUGAUAUCAGAGAGAUUAACCUGAAAACUUCAGAGCUUACCAAAUGUGAAUGGUGUAGUGUCCGAAAAUUGCCAGUAGUUUUCCUACAAACAGUACCUGCAACCUGUAGUAGCCUGAGAGAUCAACUGAAAAUGAGUAAAGAUAAUGUCUGGUACGAAUGUAAAGGAGACAGUCAAGAAGAACAAUACAUAAUUUUGAUUUUUGAAACCGGUCUUGAUCCUCAUGCAAACUCAAUAUUUGAAAAAAUAAUUACUGACAUUGGUAUUAGAAAUAAUAUUUCUGACUUCUUUGUGAAAAUUUCCUUUGAAGAAGCCAAUGCCAGGCUUGUUGCAUUUACUAAGUGCUUGGAAGACAAUUCCAAAGGAAGCCCAUCUCACAGAGAAAGCAAAAUAAAAAAUGUUCCUUCUGAGUCCAAAAUGCAGCAGCGAAAUAAACAGUUACCGUUUUUUGAGGAUGAUGAAGAAAUUGGUGAACCACAUACAGUAUUUAUUGGUCCUAUAGAAAAGUUGAUAGUUUAUCCGCCUUCUCCAGCUAAAGGCGGUAUUUCUGUGACCAACGAAGACCUCCAUUGUCUAAAUGAAGGCGAAUUUUUAAAUGAUGUUAUUAUUGAUUUUUAUUUAAAGUAUUUGGUACUUGAAAAGCUAAAAAAAGAAGAUGCUGAUAGAAUACAUGUGUUCAGUUCAUUCUUCUAUAAACGCCUUAAUCAAAGAGAAAGAAGAAAUAUUCAUGAGACUUCAAACCUUUCAAUACAACAAAAGCGACAUGGACGAGUAAGAACGUGGACACGGCAUGUUGACAUUUUUGAGAAAGAUUUCAUUUUUGUUCCCCUUAAUGAAGCAGCCCACUGGUUUUUGGCUGUUAUCUGUUUCCCUGGUUUAGAAAAGCCCAAAUAUGAACCAAAUCCCCACUAUCAUGAAAAUGCUGCAAUGCCGAUGAAAUCUUCCUCUUCAGAUGGAGAGAGCAACGCACCAUCUCCUUUGCCAAAUGAAUUAGAUGCACAAAACUCGCCUUCCAAGUCCACAGCAAAGAAAACGUUGACCAAAAAGUACAAUACAGCUUUAAUUGACCCAAACACUGAAACAGAGGACAGUGAGUCUUCAUGUUGUAGACGAAGUCCUUGUAGGGGGAAAAGUGCUUUCAAAAAACUGAAUCAAACAGACAGUGAUGUGGAAGAACCUAACACUGUGGAAUCAGCAUGCCAUAAACUAGACCAUAGAACUCUGGAUAAAAAUGGUAUACAGGGUGAAUUCACAGCUGCUAGCCAAUCUUUGGAUGGAUUGCACAAAAUCAGACUAAACUAUAGUGAAGACUCAGCUGAUGGCAGUAAACUAAAUGAAGAUGAGCUUAUAGAUUUUUCUGAAGACCAAGAUAACCAGGAAGACAGUAGUGAUGAUGGUGGCCUUGUAGAUGAUAACUGUAAUUCAGAAAUGGGACAAUGGUACCUGAAGCCAACUAUCUGCAAACAGCCCUGCAUUUUGCUUAUGGACUCACUGAGAGGCCCUUCCCGGUCAAACGUUGUGAAAACACUAAGGGAAUAUUUAGAGGUGGAAUGGGAAGUCAGGAAAGGCAGCAAAAGAAGCUUUUCCAAAGAUGUCAUGAAAGGUUCCAACCCAAAAGUGCCACAACAGAACAACUUCAGUGAUUGUGGAGUGUACAUACUGCAGUAUGUGGAGAGUUUUUUUGAGAACCCCAUUUUGAGUUUUGAGCUACCAAUGAACUUAACAGACUGGUUUCCACGCCCAAGAAUGAAAACAAAAAGAGAAGAAAUACGAAAAUUAAUCCUGAAGCUCCAGGAACAGCAGAACAAGGAAAAGAAGGGACAAAGAGAUCCAAGUUCAAUUUUGCAGGAAAAGACAGAACAACUUACCAACAGCAGCUCAGACUGAAUGUUGCAUGUUAGUUCCACAAUCAAAACUGAAAUCUACAUUUUUGUCUGCCCAGACUAAAGAUUUGGCAUAUUCUCUGCUCAAAAUUACUUGGGAAUGUUUAAUGCCUGUAUAAAUGUGUGUCAUAAAAUGGUUUAAUUCCCACAAAGAUGUGUAUUAAGUAAGUGAGUCUGUACAUAUGUUAAUGAGGCCAACUUUUUCAGCAUUUGUAAUUACUUUUUUUCCACUUGAUAGGGAGCUUUUGUUAUAUGUAUUUCUGUUAAUAGAAGUUAAAUAGCAAAUUCUAAACAUAAAGCAAAUAAAGAAAAUAUAGGAUAAAAUGGUUACCUUUUUCUUUUUCAGUAACGUUGUAAUGUUACAGGCUUAAGUAACACAUAGGGAAUGAUUUGGUAGUGAGAUAAUUAAUUCAUAUUUUGACCCUAUUUAAUUGCCCUUUACAAGAUUAUUCUGCUUGCGCUACAGACAAUAAUAUGGGUAAGUGUUUCAAUGUACCAUGGCCUCAGAGAGGGUGAUUCCCAUCCUCCCCGUAUCUAAGUGUAGGCAGUGUCAUAGUUCAUAGGACUGCUUCAGAUUUAGGGUUUUAAAAGAUAUGCAUUGCAGUUACAAUUCAACCCUUGCUUUAGUGGGAUGGGCUAGGAAAAGGGAGAGAAUGCUCUUUCACCAGAGAUGACUCUUUAAAAACAGUAUUAUAAAAGUGAUUUCAAUGAAGUGAUCUUGAGUGAUUCUAUUAAAUCAUAUUUUGUGGAUCCCAGUUGUUGUACAGGUGUAUUUUGAGACUUUCUUCAUUAUAAAAUUGUAUUUUGGUAAGUGUACUUGGAAUAGCAGAUUGCCCAUAUUACAUUUUCUAUGUUACAAUUCUGAAUGUUACAUUCAUACGUGCUUUAUCUAAGUAAUGAACAUUUAAAAAGAAAAAAAGUGUAUGAUUACUAUUUUUUGUAAUAUCCACGCAAAAAACCAAAAUGCCAGUGUUCAUUGCUUGCUUGUUUGUUCUUGGCUUUAGGUAGCAUCCAACUAAUGUUGGGAUUUGUUUGGGUAUUUCCAGUUUAUUUUGAUUUUACAACAAUCUCAAAUGCCAUCGUUGCUUAAACUGCAAACAUAGCCUUUUAUCUGUGUUCUAGAAAGGCUUUGGCAUUCAAGUGAGGAAAGUAAGAGAAAGUUCAUGGAAGGGUAUGUUAUCUCCAGUUUUCUGCUAAUAUAGAUAUCUUUGAAGGUAACCAGAAAGUAUCUUUUCCCAGGAAGGAAUUUGUUUGGGGUAGAGAGGGAUUUUCUAUCCCUCCUUGCAGAUAGUAUUUACUCUCCUGAUUUUUCUACUGGGAAUGCCAUUUACCAUUUGAUUCUCCCAAAGAGAAGCAGCAGAGAGUUCAUUAGCUGAACUCUGUCCCUCGAGAUUUAUUUUUGUAUACAACACCAAGUCUAACCGAGUACUUCAUGGUCUCCGUGAGUUUUCAUUCUUGCUAAACCCUGAAAACAUGGCUGCUAAUGAUAUUACUUCCAGGGCAUUCCUGCACAGAGGACUCUCUGUGACACUCUCUGUUUGCAGAGAGUUCUCUCACCAAGGCAGAGUGGUUGCACUUAGAGCAAUACAACCACGAGCUGCUAAUCUUUUGCACAGGUAACCCGUGGGAUUUAGGGGAGUUGUUUGUUCCCUUGUUUCUCUCCUCAUAAACCCUGGGCCCCACGGAGAAUAUGUAAGCACCACAUAUAUGUUUUAUGUGAGAGGUGACUGCUGUGCAGGUUUUUUGUUCAAAGUAUCUGGGGGCAAUCUUCUGGACUACAAAUUAAAUAUGUAAUGUGCACAUCUCCAAGUUGUUUCCUCCUUCAAACUCACCCAGUAUUCUUGCCAUUGUUGGGGAAAAUCAGGGAUAAAAUAGUUCCAGGUUGUGGAACUGCAGCAUCUUGUGUGUCUGGCUUCAGCACCACUGACAUAUUGGAAUAGUAGUUUAUACAACUGUGAGUAAAUCAGCAAUGGCUUGUAGAGAAGGAAGGAAAAUAAUUUCUUGGAAAUAGAGGAGAGACAGUUGCAAAUAGAAUGUAUUCCUUCCCAGUCUAGUCUUUCCCAAUGUUAUGUUCUAAUUAUAUUGGAAUCUCUCUACAUUUGGUCAAUUAUAAUAGUUUUCCUUUUUCUAACGUUUGUGAUGCAAGUUCAUAUUUUGAUGCUGUAGAACUAUUUGGUUCUCUUGCUAGGAAUGGCCUGGUGCUUCCUCCUUUUCCUUCCUGUUUCCUGUCCUUCCCUUCAUCCUUUCUUCUUCCCCUUUUUCAAAGCUGUGAAGAAAGUGCUGGAUUUACUGUCAUUUAAUGUUAAAGGUCUCAAGAUCUUCAGUCACAGCAAGCUACUAUACAUGUUAAAUAUAGGAAACUUAUUUUUUUAAUAAAAUGUGACAUUAAUAGAAAAAA